UUUCUGUAUGCUUCAGGUUGUCGUGAGGCACGGGACACGCUGUUGCUAAUGUUUAACGCUCCUAACUUCCUUCCGCCUACACUGAGCUCCAGUUUACAAUCCUUCAGCAGGGUGUCCUGUCCUCUACGAGCAAAGUCCUUGCAUCAUGGCACUGGCUGGAGUGAGAGUCAUUGAGCUGGCCGGCCUGGCUCCAGCACCGUUCUGUGGCAUGAUCCUUGCAGACUUUGGAGCCAAAGUGAUCCGUGUGGACCGGACCAAGGUUGCCAUGUCUUUGGACACACAAGGGCGGGGGAAACAAUCUGUGGCCAUCAACCUGAAGACGUCAGAGGGUGUCGCCGUGCUCAGGAAGCUCUGUGUCCAGUCUGAUGUGGUCCUUGAGCCCUACCGUAAAGGUGUGAUGGAGAAGCUGGGCCUCGGUCCACAGGAGCUGUUAAAGGAAAAUCCUCGUCUGAUCUACGCUCGGUUGACGGGCUACGGACAGAGCGGACCUUACGCCACCGUAGCUGGGCAUGACAUCAACUACCUCGCCAUGUCAGGCCUUUUAUCCCGGCUGGGUCGUUGUGGAGAGAAGCCCUAUGCGCCAAUGAAUCUGAUUGCAGACUUUGCAGGCGGUGGUCUUACCUGUGCCCUGGGGAUAGUCCUAGCGCUGCUGGAGAGGGCAAAGUCAGGUGAAGGACAGAUCAUUGAUGCUAGUAUGGUUGAAGGAGCAGCAUAUGUAGGUUCUUUUGUAUGGAAGUCUCGUAGCAUUGGCAUGUGGGACCGUUCUAGAGGACAAAACAUGUUGGACAGUGGAGCGCCCUUCUACGAUACCUACCAGACUUCAGACGGAAAGUACAUGGCUGUGGGUGCCAUUGAACCACAGUUCUACAGACAGCUACUUAAGGGUUUGGAGUUGGAUGCUGGAGAGUUACCUCUUCAGAUGAGCUUCACUGAUUGGCCAGAACUGAGAAGGAUCUUCACAGAACGUUUUGCUACAAAAACCCAGGCGGAUUGGUCAAGGAUUUUCGAUGGCACUGAUGCCUGCGUUACACCUGUGUUGUCUUUUGACCAGGUGAGCUCACACCCACAUAACCGAGAAAGAGGUUCUUUCAUCAAGGGCCCCAGCGGGGAAGAAAGCCCCCGGCCCACCCCGGUUCUCUCUCGGACUCCUGCAGAGCCUUGUCUUGCCUCCGAUCCUGUUAUUGGAGAACACACAGUAGAGGUCCUACAAGAGUAUGGGUUUACUUCACCAGAGAUAGACAAGAUGCGAGCAGCAGGGGUUGUAGAGUGUAACGCUGUCAAAGCAAAGUUAUAGAAGACAAAAAGCUACAUAAGAUACACAGCACAUUUUGGUGAUUAGCAGUAAGACCUGCCAUUCAAAUCAUGUCUAACACAACUUUUUAAGAAUCAAAGGAAAAGUAGCAAAAGGGAAUAUGUCUUGUUUUCAUGGACUAGAAACUCAAACUGAGAAGCUAAAAGAGGUGGUGAAAAAACAUGCAAUACUCCAUUGCGCCUGAGGAACCUGAUGUACGCAUCCCACACACUGAGUGUAGGGAAGCCUUGAUUGGGCAAGGUGACAGGUCUUCUUAUGCACUCUCAGGGUAUAUGGAUGCAGUAUGGGUUAGCCAAUAGGUCAUGGAUGUCAAUUUGAAUAGCUGCCUCCUCUUUUUUAGUGCCACUGCUGUUCUCUGAAAGUGUUAGUUUGAAAGAAAAACAGUCUUAGGAAGUCCUGCUAGUCCUUUACUCACAUGGAGGUGUGCUACUUUUCCCAGCUCAGUCAACCUGGUUUCCAUGUGCCAAAACAAGUUUGUGUUCACAGAUUGAGAAUUCAACUGGUGCAUCCUGUUUCUCUCUCUCACUGAUUAAACACAAAAUAGUUUUGCUGUGGCACAAGAUAAAGCCAGUAAUAAAUGAAACACAUCAUUAAAUAUUCAUUUUAAGGAAAUUGUCAAUAAACAAUACACCCUAAAAUACGUUCAUUUACAUACAUUCAUGAGUGAAUAGAGACGUGAGUUGUUCCAGCCGAAAUAGAACAGAUGCGUAAAGAUGCUUGAGCAGAGAAAAUACCUGCCUGGUUUUGUGGUAAAUGUUGACCGUACAAAGGUUGUGAUGUUCACACAUACUGAAAGUGCUACACAAGGAGUUAAGGGAAUUAAAGAUAUACAGUUAUUUAUCCCACAAAUAUCAAAUUAAUUUUAUUCAUGAUAAGCAGCCAGUCCCUAGAGUGAUGGAAGUUAUUAAAUUAGCAGAAAAUAAUUAAAAUACAAGAUAAAAUACGUGGGGCUUGUUGAGGAUUUUUUUAUUUGUUUACUCAUCAAUAACAGUUUGUCCAUUGUAAUUUAUUCAGUCGGUGUCACCUGUACAGCAUUUAUUCCAUCACAACCGAAGGUUUACAUGACUGGUUUGAAAUGAUCAAAUGGUUUGAAAUUAUAAAAUGGUUUUAAAUGAUUAAAUUUUCAUGCCUAAUGAUAAUAAUGAUAACUUCAUGUAAAUCAUCUUUCCUUUAUAUUCAUUUGUUGUAACAAGCCACUUUCCACAAUGCUUCGUACAGUCUGCAUUACCAACAUGCAUCAUGGCCAAUCACCUCCAAAACUCACUCAAACCACCAAAACACUUGAUACAUGUCUCAAAAUAAUCUCAUUCAACCAAACACUGGCAAGAGUACUCACUCAGAAUGCGUACAUUGUCACUCAUAACACACAGACCUAAAAAACACUAACAGCAAGCUUUACACAUAAAUGAUGCAUUGUAUCUUUGAAGUUUGAAUGAUUUUUCACAUAAAUCAGUUUUUCAUUAUAGAAGAAGAAUAACAUUUUCACUGUAUUAACUGUAUUAAAAUAUGUUACAUUGAUAACUCAGAAAUGCAGAAAUUUGCUUUGAUAUUCCCUGUAGUGUUUAUUCCCUGUUUCAGUGCAUAUAGUAAUUGACUUGAAAUAUAAAAAGUUGAAACAAAAAACUAAUUCUGGAAAUUUCAGUGCUGCAACACUGUUUUUCUCACUUGUUUCUACAGUAACACUGGUACUGACACACAAUGACCACUAUCUGUGGUCUGUGUGAGUUCAUGGAUUUUGGAGAAAGUAGUCACUGAAUGCAUUUUGCGUGAAAGCAAUGAAAAUUAUUUCAGUUUUGUCCACAUACUCUUCAGUUUUUCUGAAGAGUGUGAAGAGUUUUGACAGUGUCACUUCAGUUUUGACCAAUGCAUGUUAGCAAUUGAAAAAAAUGUAUGAACAUUUUGUAAAAUAAUCACAAUAAAAUGCAAAUAUGUCCCCAUG